CGAAACUCAAACCUUCGAUCAAAGAAAGUGCUGAACCAAUCACAGGUGAGAGGAUCCCACAUUAACAGCGGGAGAGCAGAGGAACAGACAGAUGAGCUCCUGACACGCAACAGCACAUUUCACAGAGAAAAACUCAACAUGAGAGCAAUUCCAGAGAGCGUGAAGAUCUUGUACUAUGCCAACACGUCAGAUGAGCCGUAUGUAGAGAUUGUGACAGUCACACACCAGAAGAGUCGUCAGAGGAGUGUCUGCAGCCUUCUGGACUCUCUGGACUCUCAAGACCUGCUGCCGGUUUUAUUAGACCUCAGUCACGUGUUGAAAGAACAUCACCUGGACAAACUGUUCGCUCACAUGCCAGUGCGGACUCAAGAAUAUCACUGGAAACUGAUGUACAGCACGGCCGAGCACGGGACCAGCUUGAAAACACUCUACAGAAACAUGACGGACGUGGACAGACCUGUUCUCCUGGUCGUCAAAGACAUGGACAACCAGGUGUUUGGAGCGUUUUCAUCCGAUCCGUUUAAAGUGAGCACCUGCUGUUACGGGACGGGCGAGACGUUUCUCUACAGCUUCAGUCCUGACUUUCAGGUCUUCCGCUGGAGUGGGAAAAACUCUUACUUCAUCCGAGGAUUCUUCGACUCCCUUCAGAUGGGAGCUGGCGGAGGACACUUUGGUUUGUGGCUGGAUGCUGACCUUCAUCGCGGUUCCAGUUAUUCCUGCAACACUUUCUGCAAUCGACCUCUUUCUAUCCAUCAGGAUUUCAUCAUCCAGGAUGUGGAGGUGUGGACCUUCGUAUGAAGAGAGAUCAGAUUCACCGCUGUGGAGUGAUGAAACGCUCGGCUCUCAAACCCGUGUAACUCGUCUCUUAACGCUCCAUUUGAAACAUGAGUACAGGUUGAGACAAGAUUACAGUUUAGAGUUUCAAUUUUCAGUAAAGAGGAUUGACAAAAACUGAAAAAACUGAAAGCUACACAGCAAGAGAGCUCACUGGAUUUAGAAACUACUCCUUUAACAAGGAUGCUUUGGAGAGAUACUCAUUCACACAAAUUCACUGUCUUUACUGUCACGUGCACUUCUUAGAGAAAAUGAUUGACAUGUCAUUCCUGUGGCUCAGUGGUAAGAGCAUUGUGUUAGCAACACCAGCGUCAUGGGCUCGAUCUCAGGGAUGCACAUACUUAAAAAACUAAUGUAUAGGAUGAUGCAAUGUAAGUCACUUUGGAUAAAAGUGUCUGCUAAAUGCAUUAAUGUAAAUGUAAUUUAAUGUCAUAAAAGAGGAAAUGCUUGGCCAUUUAAAAAGGGAAAGUGCUUGGGUGUUUUUUACAAUAAAUUAUUUUUGUACUCUUUUUAUA